ACAGCGAGGAAUGGGUGUUUCACAACCUCUGUAAGCACAUCAGUCUUCAGUUUGGCUCCCAGUGAGGAAGACAGCAAACUCCAAGCAGACGCCUCCCUCCUGGAGAUGGGCACAGGGGUGCAGAUCAACACCUCCAGACAAAUCCUCAUCUCCAGAACAGCUGCAAGGGCAGUGUUUGAGACACACAAUGAAUAUUACAUCCCUGGAGUACCCUACAGGGGAAAGAUCAAGGUUCAGGAUCACUAUGGAAAUGCUAUGAAAAACAGGAAAGUUUAUCUUGUGAUAAGGUUCAUGAGGAGGCGGUUUAUCAAAACAUACAUCACAGAUGGUAGUGGAAUAGCAUCAUUCAACCUGGACACAACUGUCUGGAACAGCUCAUCAGUCUCUUUGGAGGGAAGGUUCACACUGGAAGAUCUCAUACACACACCUCGAAAAUCUGACUUCAGUUACACAAAUGCUUACCACCACCUGCAGCCCUUCCAUAUGACAACCAAGAGCUUCUUGGACAUACACCCACCUACAGACACACUGCCUUGUGGGUUGAAGCAGAAUGUCCAGGUGACCUUCACACUCAAUCGGGAUGACCUGGGAGAAGACACCAGCCGUAUAGGUUUUGUGUAUUAUGUCACUGGCAAGACUGGAAUUGUUGUCAGGGGACAGAGGAGUAUCCAGGUCGGGAAACUGAACAUGUUGAAGGGCUCCUUCUCCAUCCCUUUGACCUUCACAGCUGACUUCUCCCCAUCACCUUCCUUAGUGGUGUAUGCUAUCUUCCCCAAUGGAGGGGUAACAGCUGACAGCAUCCGUUUUGAUGUUGCCUUGUGCUUUCAAAACCAGGUCAAGGUAGGAUUCCCAGAUAAAGAAGCCCACUCAGGGUCAACAGUAGAGCUCCUACUGCAGGCAGCCCCUGGCUCUCUGUGUGCAGUACAGGCAGUGGAUGAAAACACGUUCUUCAUCAGACCCGGGAGUGAGCUGACAAGCCAAAUGGUCUAUGGUUUGUUCCCUGCUGCCUACCAACGUGGAUACCCUGCCCAAGCAGAAGAGCAUUCAUAUCACUGUGUUCAGACUCAGUCCACAUCAUCUCUGCUACGAGGGAAGCCACAGAAUUCCUUUCAGCCUGAUGUCUUUAAUCUGUUUCGGAACAUGGGACUGAAAGUCUUCUCAAACCUUGCAAUCAAGAGGCCAGCCCAGUGCUUUCAUCAGACGGAUAGGAACCUAAUCAUGGGGGUGCUUUCUACAGAAGACCAAAGAAUCACUAAGGAACAACCCCGAUUUACAACCCAUGGAAGACUUCAUCACGAUUUUCCCAAAACUUGGAUCUGGAAUCUGUUCUCUGUUGGCUCCAAUGGCAGCAGGAAAAAAAAAGCAGAGUGGAAAGUCAAGACAUUCUGCUUGGCUGGAAAGGGAUUUGGCCUUGCUCCAACCACAAGCCUCAGAACAGUCCAACCCGUCUUUGUGGACAUGACGCUGCCGUAUUCUGUCAUCCAUGGAGAGACUUUCCUGAUGAAAACUACAGUCUUCAACUACCUACAGCAGUGCAUACAGAUCAGUGUGGCCCUAGCUAAAUCCUCAGACUUCCAGGUGGAGCCGUGUCGGACUUGCAGGGACAGAGAAUGUCUCUGUGCAGAGGAGUCCAAGACCUUCAUGUGGAAUGUGACAGCAGUCCAACUGGGGACUCUGAAUAUCACAGUGAGGAUAGAGGUUCUGGACACAACACCAUGGUGUGGAGGGAGGAAGCCCUUGCCAGCUACCAUGAGAUGGAGGCACACGCUGAUCAAACACUUGCUGGUCCAGCCAGAAGGUGUGUUAGUGGAGAAGUCUCACAGCUCCCUUCUGUGCCCAAGAGGAGGAAACAUGGCUGAAGAACCUGUGUCCCUUCGCCUCCCUGAUAAUGUAGUAAAGAGAUCUGCCAGGGCUUCCAUUUUCAUCUCAGGUGACCUCAUGGGGAUGGCACUGCAGAACCUGGAUCACUUGGUGCAGAUGCCCCAUGGCUGUGGGGAGCAGAACAUGGUGCUGUUUGCCCCCAUUGUCUAUGUGCUGCAGUACCUGGAGAAGACAAGGCAACUGACCCCUGAGAUCAAGGAGAGGGCAACAGGAUUCCUGCGCAAUGGAUAUCAGACACAGCUUCUUUAUAGGCACAGGGAUGGGUCCUAUAGUUUCUUUGGACAGCAGGAUGGGGAAGGAAACACUUGGUUGACAGCUUUUGUAGUCAAGAGUUUUGGCCAAGCCAGAAAAUACAUCUAUGUAGAUGAUAAGAACAUCCAGGAUGCCCUACGCUGGCUAGAGCGAAACCAGCUCCCCAGUGGCUGCUUUGCCACCAAAGGGAGCUUUUUCCACUCCUCCCUAAAGGGCAGUGUGGAUGACGAAAUCUCCCUGGGGGCGUAUGUUGCUGCAGCGCUGCUGGAGAUGGGUCAGCCACUGACGGGCAAGCUGAUGCAGACUACUCUCCGCUGUCUGCAGCAGAUGGUUCACAACACCACCAACAUCUACACAGAAGCCAUGCUGGCCUAUGCUUUUGCCCUGGCUGGGGACUAUGAGACAACCCAGGAGCUGCUGUACAAACUGGAGGAACAGGCCAUCAAAUCAGGAGGACAAAUCCAUUGGAGUCCCAAGCCAACCUCUCCAGCUUCCACAGAUUUCUGGCCUGGUACUCAGUCAGUGGACAUAGAGUUGACAGCCUAUAUCCUCCUGGCAUACCUCUCUAAGCCACGGGUGCAUGCAGGUGACAUGACAACUGCAGCCGGUAUUGUGGCAUGGCUGACACGGCAGCAAAAUGUUUACGGGGGCUUUGCCUCCACUCAGGACACAGUUGUUGCCUUGCAAGCCUUAGCAAAAUACGCAGCAAGAACAUUCAGCACAUCAGGCCAGGCAAUUGUGCGGGUGAAGCCCCAGAGGGGCUUUGGGAAGGCUUUCCAAGUCAACCGCCAGAAGCGGCUGCUGGUGCAGCAGGCAGCACUGACAGAGACCUCGGGGCAGUUCCUGGUGCAGGUCCAUGGCAGCAGCUGCAUCUUUGCUCAGACAGUGCUGAGGUACCAUGAGCCUUCCCCAUGGACUGCUGUGGUCUUCACUCUGCGCAUCAACACAGAGCUGGCCAACUGUAGCCAGGCCAAUCCACGUGUCCUCACCAUCCGCAUCCUUGCCAGCUACAUUGGGAGCAGAGUCACAUCCAACAUGGUGAUCAUAGAGGUCUCCCUGCUGUCUGGAUUUGUCCUGGCUCCCAGAUCCAGGACAUUGCUGGAGAAUAGAACCAUCGUUAAGAAAAUAGAAGUGGAAGCUAAUGUGAUCUACAUUUAUCUGGAGAAGCUCAACGAUGAAUCUCAGACUUUCAUUCUGCAACUGGAGCAAGUGAUUCAGAUGAAGAACCUGAAAGCAGCCAGCAUCAAAAUCUAUGAUUACUACCAGCCAGAGGAGCGAGCCUUGGCUGACUACAAUGCUGUUUGUAGUUGA